GCCUAUUUGAAGCGCACCGUGCCGUGCCGUGGCUUCCGCUUCCCUCCCCAACGGCACACCGCCGCCGCCGGCUGCACCCGCGGCGAAAUCCCGCGCCCGAAGCGCCGGCCUCCUCCGGAUCCGAGACGCCGAGCGUGCCGCGAGCUCUAGCCGCAGUGUCUGGAGCUGAAAAUGAGUGAGGGGAAUAUUAAUCAGCUUGACCUUGAGAAAGGACUCCCUCAAAUGUCUAAUGAUAAUGAUUCGAGUAGCCCUGCAACUAUCCAGAAAAUGAAAGUUGACACGGAAGGUUCUGGAAGCAAAAUCGAAUCACCCACUCCAGAGAAGCCUGAAUCUAGAAGGAAAGGGGUUGUUGUCAGUUCACUGGCAAGGAAUUUGCUUGCAGAGAGGUACAAGGACAAAUUUGCUGAUCAGCUGUGGGAAAGUGAGGAUGAAACGGAUGAUGAAGAUUAUAAUGACAAUGUUUCACCUGGUGGUAGCCAAUAUUUGAUUUCAGGAAGCACUUUACUUCUUGAGAGGCACAAGAAUUUGCUAAAUCUUUUCAAUCGUAUGGAGAGUUCUAUAAGGUUGCUGCGCAUGCGGAAGAAGAUGACUACAUUCAAGAACAUUGCCACCCAGGUGGAAGUACUCACAAAGAGGAAGUUCUUGUUCAGUCAUUUGGCCCAGAUGAAGCAUUUAUUUCCUGAAGCAAUCCAGAUAAAGAGGAUACUCCUACAUGAUGAGAAAAGCCUAUGCAUGUAUGCUGAUAUGGAAAUUACACUAGUAAUGGAUGCUGUGGAAUGCAGAAGUCCUGAUCAGUCUCCAUCCAUGGCAAUUUGCGAGGCUUUUUACUCAAAGCUUUUGAGUUUUUUGGAUGCUCAUCCUAAGGAUAUAGACAUUCCUGAGGCCAUCCUACCAGAACUCUUCAGUUCAAGGGAUAAGUUGUAUCUUGAGGCACUAACUAAUGGAGAUUCGGCUGAGCCACCUCUGCAGAGUUCCACUGAAAAUGGAUUUUCAAAUGCUUCCCACUUCCCGCAAUCAUUUCAAAAGCUCAUCUCCCAGAAAAUCGUUGCUGAUGGAACUGAAAAGACUCAGUUGCUAUCUGAUCCAGCAGAACUGAGCUCUCUUAGUGCUCAUGACACAGAAGGGCCAAACAGAAGCCCUAAAAAGCAAGACAAGCAUGUGCCAGUUCCAGUACAGUCUGAAAUUUCUGCUACUCCAAACCGCCAUUUGAUCUCUUGCUGUCAAGAGAGUACGCCAAAACAAGGGACUUCAGAUUCCCCAUUGAUGGCUGAAACACCAGCAAUGCAGACACCAAAAAGGCCAUUGCCCACUCCACUUGACAAACUCGAGACCACGUGUGGACACAUUUCUGAACCACGUUCAGCCAGUUCAGCCCGCAGAUCACUGAUGUACUCACCAUUAAAGUUUGAAGGAAGCCCUUCGUAUCAUGAUGUAAACACUGCAAAACUUGAGGUUACAUCUAAAAAAGGCCUGUUCUCAGAAGAAGCAUCUACUUUUACCAACUCGCUGGAGGAAAAUGAUCCUGUCUGCUUGACUGGUGAAGAUAAAAUCAAUCAAGGCCCAGGGGAAACCCAGGAAAAGCUAGCUUGUUUACGUGUCACAUUUGACAUAGUCUGGGAUUUUUCUACCAAGAAUUCGCUAAUCACUAAACAGGAACUUUUUCACUAUAUUCUUGCCAACAACUUGGAGAUAGAAGAGACUGGAGAGAUAGAAGAGCAGCUGCAUAUUUUAGAAGAUCUGGCUCCUGAUUGGAUAUCUAAGAAGGUGAUACAAGGCGGAGAAAUACUUUACAGCAUUGAACAAAUACCAGAUCGGAAUUCAGUUCGGGCAAGACUUGUCGAAGCCAUAUGACAUAGCUACUAUGUGCAAAGCUGAAGAAUCCACUUCAUAUGUAUGCAAACUGGACUUGAGCAGCUAUGUUCAUCAUGGAAUCCUCUGGAUUGCUCCUUUAUGCUUUUACUUCGAAUGUUGGGCAGCAAAAGAAGCAAAUGGGUUCCACGUCUACUUCUAUUGACUCUUGAUUUAACUAGUCUCUUUGUUGACUGCUAAUUGCAUGAUUAAAUGCUAAAUGGUUAUGAAAGUUGAAUUCACACCAUAUAUCAAUUUGGCCGUGUAUCUUUCGCCUA